AACGUGAACCUUGGGGACAAAGUUACCAGGGAGAGCCCAGGGCCACUGCCACCACCACAGGAUUGCAAAGCCCAUGCAACUUGCAUCGGAAGAAGGGAUCAAGCAAAAGAGUUGAAUGUGAUCCAUUAUCCUAGGGUCGGAUCGUGUGGAGCACUUGGAAAGAGUAAUUAGAUUUAGUGAUCAGAGCAAAAGUUGCAAUAGUCAGGACAGCUGCAAGUUUUCCCCUGUUUGCCAAGUGAGGGAGGAGUAGCUACAAAGUGUAGAAAUUUGUACAGGAAUUGGUGUUUAGCGAUCCAGGAUGUUGUGAGCCUAUCCCGCCCUCCAGAUCCUUUGGGUGGUGGGAUUUAAAUUAUCUUUAAAGGGUCUAUUGGGGUUUUUUAAGCGACUUCAGGAAGCCGGUGGCGUUUUAUGGUGACCAUAAAGAGACUGUGUCCUCCUGCACGCUGUGGCUGUAGGCGAGCGCUUCCCAGGUUAUUACAGACAACCCACCUCUCUGCUCCAAGUUAAAUGCCCACAGUUUUUUGUUUUAUUUUUGUAAAGUGUGCUAAAAUUUAAUCUUGAAGGAAUUAUCUGGAAUCAGUGACCGAGGAUAAUCUGAAAAAUGGCCAAUGUUGGGGCUCAGCUUGACAGACCUGAUGGAGAACAAAACAAUGAGUUUAGUGAUAUUAUCAAAUCCCGAUCUGAUGAACAUAAUGACGUACAAAAGAAGACUUUUACCAAAUGGAUAAAUGCUCGUUUCUCGAAGUGUGAAAAACCACCAGUGAAAGACCUGUUCAUAGAUCUUAAAGAUGGAAGAAAACUGCUGGAUUUGCUAGAAGGUCUCACUGGAACUUCUUUGCCCAAGGAACGUGGAUCUACAAGAGUUCAUGCUUUACAUAAUGUCAACAGAGUACUCCAAAUUUUGCAUCAAAAUAAUGUGGAGUUGGUGAACAUAGGAGGCACAGAUAUUGUUGAUGGAAAUCACAAGCUUACCCUUGGCUUAAUAUGGAGCAUCAUCCUACAUUGGCAGGUGAAAGAUGUCAUGAAGGCAAUUAUGUCUGACUUACAGCAGACGAACAGUGACAAGAUCCUUUUGAGCUGGGUCAGGCAGUCAACAAGACCAUAUAACCAGGUCAAUGUGCUAAAUUUCACUACCAGUUGGACAGAUGGCCUCGCAUUCAAUGCUCUUCUGCAUCGGCACAAACCAGAUCUGUUUAGCUGGGAAGACGUUACUAAGCUGGCCCCACUUGAAAGACUUGAUCAUGCUUUCCUCAUUGCAAAAAAACAUUUGGGAAUCGAAAAACUGCUUGACCCAGAAGAUGUGGCAGUUCCAUUACCUGACAAGAAAUCCAUAGUUAUGUACUUGACAUCACUUUUUGAAGUUCUUCCUCAUGAAGUCACGUUAGAUGACAUCCAAGAAGUUGAAACUCUCCCUAGAAGAUUUAAGGGGGCGUGUGAGGAUAUGUCAUUCACAAAGCAACAGGUUUCAAAUGAACCAUAUGGAAACUCUGGUCAAGAGACACCCAGCAAAGUCACACCCAGCACAGUAACCGAAGUCCAAACGGAUCUCGACAGCUACCAAGUGGCCCUGGAAGAUGUCCUCACUUGGCUUCUUAUGGCAGAAGACAUUUUUGAAAAUCAAGACUAUAUAUCUGAUGAUGUAGAAGAUGUCAAAAAACAAUUCGCCACUCAUGAGGACUUUAUGAUGGAGCUAACAGCGCACCAGAGCAGUGUGGGCAAUGUUCUUCAGGCUGGAAACCAGUUGAUUGCUCAGGGUGACCUCUCCUUGGAAGAAGAGAAUGAGAUACAAGAACAGAUGACCUUGCUGAACUCACGUUGGGAAGAUCUACGUAUAGAGAGCAUGAGCAGACAGGCCGAGCUGCAUGAAGUGUUGAUGGAUUUGCAGCGAAAACAACUGGACCAGCUGUCAGACUGGCUGACUGUCACGGAAGAACGAAUUCACAAGAUGGAUAUGAAGUCUUAUGGGGAAGAUUUUGAGGCAUUUAGGAAACAGGUUGAAGAACACAAAAAAUUGCAGAGUGACCUCGAGGCGGAGCAAGUGAAAGUUAACUCUUUAACUCACAUGGUGGUAAUUGUAGAUGAGAAUAGCGGGGAAGGAGCCACUGUUGCACUAGAAACACAGCUGCAGAGACUAGGAGAACGAUGGGCAGCUGUUUGCCGCUGGACAGAGGACCACUGGAGUAAACUGCAGGAAAUUAUAAUCCCCUGGCAGAAAUUAUUAGAAGAACAGAGCUUAUUCAAGAUAUGGCUAAGUGAGAAAGAAGAGUCUUUAAGUAAAGUCCAGCGGAGUAACUUCAAAGACCAAGCUGAGCUUAGUGUGAAUGUGCGGAGAUUGGCGAGUUUAAAAGAGGAUUUGGGAAUGAAGCGGCAGACGUUUGACCACUUACAUAAGUUAGCGCAGGAUGUGGCAAUGCUUGUAGGAAAUGGGAACGCUUCUCAGAAACUGAAGUGUGAUAUGGAGGAUCUUGCCCAGAGAUGGGACGGACUGGUGCAUCUAUUGGAGGACUAUACUAAUCAGGUCACUGAAUCAGUAAGUACGUUUGGCAUUACGCAAAUCUCCAGGACAAUUGUUACCGAGACUGUUACUGUGAAAGAGCACAGGACUAUUUCUUCCGUCAAAGAAGAGCUCCCUCCUCCGCCUCCACCGAAGAAACGCCAGAUGUGCCUGGAUUCUGUGGAGAAGAAGAAGUUUGAUGGGGAAUCUGCUGAGCUCUUGAAUUGGAUGAUUAAAUCCAGGGCUGCGAUUCUGGCAGCAGAGAUCAGUAACUAUAGAAAGAUUAGAGAGACCUCAGACAUAAAAGACAUGCUAAAGAUUCUUGAGAAAGAAAGGUUAUCUGCAAUGCCCAAAUUUAAGGAGCUUGCUUCAACUGGACAAUAUCUAUUAGAGCUGUGUAAACAAGAAGAUCUCCCAGAAGAUGAAGUGAAAGGGUCACUCGGUAGAUUGCAGACGGAAUGGAACACCAUAAAUAUACAAAUGGAGGAGCUUAAUAAAGGCAUUUUAUAUCAGGAUGCCAUCAGUGCUUACUUCAAGGAGUUGAAAAGCUUGGAAGAAAAGAUAAAGCAAGAGGAGGAAUGGCUGAAUGCCCAGUCUUUGCCAUCUCAGGAGCUUCCACUGCAAACAUUGAAGGACAUUAGACAGCUACGGUUGAACAAACUCUGCGACCACUACACACAUAUCGAGCAUUUAAAAUCAAAAGCCGUCUCACUAGGCUCUCAACCUGCAGCUCCAGCUUUUUUUGAAGCCAGUCUGAACGACUUCACCGACCGCUACGGAAGAGUGAAAAAUCAAAUGGAACGAGAGGUCCAACAAUUUCAGAAAGCCAUGGAAUACCAGCCCAGCCAACAGUAUGUAGAUACCCGGAAAUUAUUAAAAGAAACAUUAGUGGAUUGCCAACACAAACUACAGUCCCAGUUGACAGGUCUCUGUGAUCCAGCAGCAGUGGAGCUGACUCUUCAACAGGCAAAGGUUCUUACACAGACAUUAGAUGACCAAAAAUUAAACAUCGACGUGCUGUACUCCGAAACCAGGCUACUUGAGAAGCGAGCCCCAGAAGAUAAGACAGCAGCAUAUAUGAAUGAGUGUAGGGACAUAGAGGAACAGUGGAGCAAGCUGAGGAGUAUCUGUGCUGACCAGCUCUAUAGUCUGGAGGACAUUUCUUCCAAGCUGCGAGCAUUUGAGGCUGACUCCAGUUCUGUACAGAAAUGGAUCAGUGAGGCAAAGGAUUUUGUUCUAAACCAACAUACAUCCUUAGAAGAGCCUGAAAUACUACAGAGGCAGCUGGAGCAGUGCAUGGCUCUGGUGAAUGAGAUGGAAGCUGUGGAAGGAUGUUUGAGCAGGCUAACCGAUGUGGAGUCAGGUCUUAGGAGCCACCCCGACACCAUGAUUCACACCUGGGUCCUGCCACGGCUGGCUGACCAGCAGGCACAGUGGGAGAGACUGAGCAAGCAGGUAAUUCAUCAGAUGAACAGGUUGUCUGAAAGUCAGGAGAAGGCUGUAAAUUUGAAGAAGGACUUGGCAGAGAUGCAAGAAUGGAUGACGCAGGCUGAAGAGGAAUAUUUGGAGAAGGAUUUUGAGUACAAGUCUCCAGAAGAGCUUGAGAGUGCUGUAGAAGAAAUGAAAAGAGCGAAAGAGGAUGUGUUGCAGAAAGAGGUGCGAGUGAAGAUCUUGAAGGACAACAUCAUGACAAUGGCUGCCAAAGGGCCUGCUGGUGGCCAAGACCUGACAUCUGAGCUAAAGGAGGUUUUGGACAAUUAUCAGCUCCUGUGUAACAGAAUCCGGGGAAAAUGCCACACAUUGGAGGAAGUGUGGUCGUGUUGGAUAGAGCUUCUACACUACCUGAACCUGGAGACAGCUUGGCUAAAUACGUUGGAUGAACGAAUACAGCACUCUGCAAACCUACCUGAUAGAGCGGAAUCUGUUAGUGAAGCAUUGGAGACUAUAGAGUCAGUCCUGCGCCACCCAGCAGAUAACAGAACGCAGAUCCGUGAGCUUGGUCAAACCUUGAUUGAUGGCGGAAUUCUUGAUGACAUCAUCAGCGAUAAGCUGGAGGCCUUUAAUGCCCGCUAUGAGGAGCUGAGUCAUUUAGCUGUGAAGCGUCAGAUCUCUCUGGAGCAGCACCUGCAGACCCUGCGCGAGGGUGACCACACGCUGCAAGUGCUGCAGGAGUCCCUGGAAGAACUGGAUAAGCAGCUGACUACAUACCUGACGGACAGAGUUGAUGCCCUUCGAUUGCCUCAGGAAGCUCAGAAAAUUCAAGCUGAUAUAAGUAGCCAUGAAACAACGUUGGAGGAGCUGAAGAAACAUUUGCGACCAGUGAUAUUAUCAACUCCAGACAUCAAGUCCUCACGUGGAGGAUCCCAGCUAGAUGUACUCCAGAGGAAGCUGCGAGAGGUGUCCACGAAGUUCCAGCUCUUCCAGAAGCCUGCUAAUUUUGAACAAAGGAUGCUGGACUGUAAACGUGUCUUAGAUGGGGUGAAAGCCGAGCUUGGUGUUCUUGACGUUAAGGAUAUUGACCCAGAUGUCAUACAGAAGCACAUGGAUGGAUGCAUGAAACUGUACAAAACUCUGAGUGAAGUGAAGUUGGAGGUUGAGACUGUUAUAAAGACUGGAAGGCAAAUCGUACAGAAACAACAGACCGAUAAUCCAAAGCUAAUGGAUGAGCAACUAACAGCCUUAAAACUUCUGUACAAUGAUCUUGGUGCCCAGGUAACAGAGGGGAAGCAAGACCUGGAACGCGCUACUAUUUUAGCUGUGAAGCUAAAGAAAGAAUCAGCCUCCCUGUCUGAAUGGCUUAGUGCUACCGAGUCUGAGCUAAUUCUGAAAUCCACAGCUGACAAUCUGCGGGCAGAUCUGGAUGCAGAAGUUGCCUGGGCUAAAAAUGUGCUGAAAGAGCUGGAGAGGAGAAAAGCUGAUUUAAACAGCGUGACGGAGAGUAGCGCAGCUUUGCAGUGCUUGGUGGAAGGAAGUGAGAACAUCCUGGAAGAGAAGCUCUGUGUCCUCAAUGCUGGCUGGAGCAGAGUCCGCACUUGGACAGAAGAUUGGUGCAAUACCCUAUUGAAUCACCAGAGUCAGAUGGAGAUUUUCGAUGAGAAUGUGGCUCACAUAAGCACUUGGCUCUACCAAGCGGAAGCUCUUCUAGAUGAGAUUGAGAAAAAGCCUGCUAGCAAGAAAGAGGAAACUGUGCAGCGCCUGAUGUCCGAGCUGGAUGACGUUAGUCUCAGAGUAGACAAUGUCCGUGACCAAGCGUUAAUGCUCAUGAGCAGCCGUGGCACAUCUUGCCGUGAACUGGUGGAACCGAAGCUGGCUGAACUUACACGCAACUUUGAGAAAGUCUCUCAGCACAUAAAGUCUGCCAUGAUGCUGGUCAGUCAGGAUCCUCCAGCAGAAGGACCUGGUCAGACGGAGUCAACUGCUGCCGAGCUGGAAGCAUUUGAAUUAGAGCUGCUUGGUGUCCAGAAGGUCCUGGAGAAGCAUUUGCAGUUUCCUGCAGUAGGUGAAAAGAUUGAUGAGGCUCACAUUGAAGACGUCCUGCACAGAGGAGAACAGUUCCUGCAGCAGCCAAUGGCAGACAUUGAGAGAGAAAAGCUCCGCCUGGAACUACUGCUCUUACAGACCAGAUACAAUAGUGCCAAGGAACUACAAUCUGUAAGAAGAAAUCAAGAGGUUAAGUUUUCUACAGUGUGUACACAGAAUGAGCAGCAGGAAGAUAUUUCCUUUAAGUGGCUGAAUGAGACAGAACAUCGUCUAUCUGGUCUCCUGGAGGCAGAGGAUGACAAGAAACUCCAGGAGCUGCUGAAUGAAGUGGAGCAGCAUAAGGAGGAAUUCAUUGCUCUUCAGAAAAAGACCACUUUUCUCCAGCAAGGUUCACCAGAAGAGGUUGAUGGUGGCAAGGUGAAGCAACGCUGGGAGGAGAUUGAGAAACAGUUCGCCAUGUACCUUGGAUCUGAACAUCAUAGUCUGGAUGACACUGAUGCUCACCUGGAUAUGAGUGUUACCUCAACGGAAUUCACACCAUCCUUUCUUCCCUCAGAUUACUUAGUGGAGAUAAACAAAGUUCUGCUUUUCAUAGCUGACAAUGAGCUCCUGAUUAAUGCACCAGAGCUCAGCAGUGGCGAGUAUGAGAAUUUCUCUGUGCAAGAAGAUUUGCUAAAGAAGGUAAAAGAAGCAUUGGACUCACUUGGGGAACACAUAGCAACUAUUCAUGAGAAACAACCAGAUGUGAUCCUGGAAGCAUCAGGACCAGAAACCAUACAAAUAGGAGACUCUCUCACCCAGGUGAACGCAGAAUGGGAUCGGAUCAACAGACUAUACAACGAUCGUAAGAGUCGUUUUGACAGAUCACUGGAAGAGUGGCGACAGUUCCACUGUGACCUCAAUGACCUCUCACAGUGGACAAAUGCAGCUGAGGAUUUGUUGGCCCAAGCCCGUCUUCCAGGAGGUAGUUUGGAUCUGGAGAGAGCGCAAAUUCAUCAGCGGGAGCUUGAGGAAGGAAUCGGCAGUCACCAGCUCAGCUUUACUAUUCUCACCCAGAGCGGGCAAGGGAUCAUACAACAACUCUCUUAUUCCGAUGGGGAGAUCUUACAGGAGAAACUGGCACAUUUGAACGACCACUGGGGUGCAAUUAAAGCAGAAGUUAUGGAGAGACAGCAAAGGUUAAAAGAAGAAAGCCCAGCGCUAAGUGACUACAAGAGAAAAAUGGAGGAGUUUGCCAUUUGGCUAGAGCAAACCUCAAAUAUGAUUAGAGUAAACCAUGCACUGGGGAAUGAGGAGAGGCUGCAUGAACUAAAGGCAUUAUCUAAUGAGCUGGAAACCCAGAGUGAGAGAGUGGAGUGGCUGAACCGCGCAGCACCAGAUAUGCUGGCUCAGAAAAGUCUCAGUGCCCAGGAGAGGGACAAACUUUCUGCCAGAUUGCAAACCAUAAAUAUGAACUGGACUCGGGUGUCCAGAGAAGUGCCUGAGAGGGUGGAGGAUUUGGAACAGGUUUCCUAUUACCCCAACUUUGCAGCCCAGGCUGUAUUACCCAAUUACCCUGCUGUCCAAAAAUUAGUGCUGGUGUCUUCUUCCUCUGAGUUUUUGGGAGGAACAAAACCUGUUACGGAAUUGCCACCUGCCAGCGACCUCGAUAAGACUGUUACAGAGCUCUCUGAUUGGCUGAUGCUUAUUGACCAGAUGCUUAAGUCCAACAUUGUCACUGUUGGUGAACCUGAAGAGAUUAACACAACUAUAGCACGCAUGAAGAUAACUAAAGAAGAUAUGGAGCAGCGUCACCCACAGCUUGAAUCUGUUUUUACAUUAGCUCAGAAUGCCAAAAAUAAAACUUCCAGCCUGGAUGUCAGAACAGUUAUUACAGAGAAAUCGGAAAAGCUGAAGAACCAGUGGGACAGUACAUUACAUGGCGUUGAGAUGCGGCAGAAGCAGCUACAAGAUAUGCUGGGUGACAGCAUUAAGUGGGACGAGCUAAGGAAGGAGAUACAGACUGUCCUGGACCAGACUGACUUCCGCCUGUACACCCUCACUCAGACAUCCAAAGACACUCUGGUUAGACAGCUUGCAGAGAACAAGGCAAUAGUGCAAGAGCUACACAGGGGUGAGAUUGUCAUGGACACCUUCAAUGACCUCUCCAACAAACUGCUUCGUGACUACAGCUCCGAUGACACCAGGAAAGUGAAAGAGGCCAGCGAUCACUUGUACAUGAACUGGGUUAAUAUGAACAAGAGGGUUGGCGACCGACAGAGCACCCUGGAGAAGGAGCUAAAACUUGUCCAGGCCUUGGUCAAAGAUCAUGAGAACUUUAUGAAGUGGAUACAAGAAGCUGAGACGACAGUGAAUGUUCUCAUGGAUGCAUCACAGCGUGAAGAUAUUCAGCAGGACGUCAGCCGCUUACGCCAGCUCAAAAUGCAGCUACAGGAUAUUCAAGCAGAGAUAGAUGCCCAUAAUGAUAUCUUCAAGAGCAUUGAUGGGAAUAGGCAAAAGAUGGUGAAAGCUUUAGGGACCUCAGAUGAAGCAGCAUUACUUCAGCAUAGACUGGAUGAUAUGAACCAUCGCUGGAGCGACCUGAAGUCCAAGUCAGCCAACAUUAGAACACACUUGGAGGUGAGUGCCGAUAAAUGGAACCACUUGCUGAAAUCCCUGGAAGAGCUCAUCUGUUGGCUAGAUGUUAGAGAUGAAGAGCUGAAGAAGCAAAUGCCCGUUGGAGGAGACGUCCCCACCGUACAACAGCAGUAUGACUUCUGCAGGGUCCUGAAACGUGAAUUGAAGGAUAAAGAGCAGUCUAUACUGAACACCAUAGAGCAAGCACGAGUUUUCAUAUCUGAGCAGCCUAUCGAGGGCCCUGAAGAGCCAAGACGGAAUUUGCUUCCUAAGACAGAAUUGACACCUGAAGAGAAAGCCCAAAAGAUUGCAAGGACCAUGCGCAAGCAGUCUGUAGAAGUGAAGGAGAAGUGGGAAAGCCUGAACUCCCAGGCUGGCAGCUGGCAGAAGCAAGUAGACAAGGCUUUGGAGAAACUGAAGGUUCUGAAAAGUGCAAUGGAUGACCUUGAAGGAGAUUUGAUGGGAGCAGAGAAAGUGCGCAGUAGCUGGAAGCCAGUUGGAGACUUAGUAAUUGAUUCUCUGAAGGAACACAUUGAUAACACACGUGCAUUGGGAGAGGAUAUGACACCCAUUAGCUUGAAAGUGAAGACAGUGAAUGACGUGGCUAGUCAGCUCUCAGCUCUAGAUAUUCAGCCAUCUGCUAAAACAGCUCGCCAGUUGGAUGACCUGAACAUCAGAUGGAAACUCCUACAGGCUGCAGUUGAAGAACGUCUCAAACAGCUUCAAGAGGCACAUCAGGAUUUUGGUCCUUCUUCCCAACACUUUCUGUCUACUUCUGUACAGCUUCCAUGGCAACGAUCUGUUUCACUUAACAAAGUGCCCUACUACAUAAAUUGUUACAGCGAAGAUUGCAGUAAACCCUUGAGUCCAAAGUUGUGCUCUCGGAACAGUCAUGAAACACAGAGUACUUGCUGGGACCACCCAAAAAUGACAGAACUCUUCCAAUCACUCGGUGACUUAAACAAUGUGAGGUUUUCAGCUUAUCGCACUGCUAUGAAAAUCAGGAGACUUCAGAAAACCCUGUGCUUGGAUCUUCUUGAACUGAGCACCACCCACAAUAUUUUUAAGGAGCAGGAACUGAAUCAAAACCAACAACUAUUAUCUGUCCCUGAAAUCAUCACUGUCCUCAACACCAUCUACAGUGGCCUUGAAGAGAAGAACAAGGAACUAGUUAAUGUGCCUCUCUGCAUAGACAUGUGUCUGAACUGGCUGCUUAACGUAUAUGACACGGGUCGAACAGGGAAGAUCCGGGUACAGUCUCUGAAGAUUGGUCUUAUGUCUCUGUCUAAGGGACUGCUGGAAGAAAAAUACAGAUAUCUUUUCAAGGAAGUUUCUGGGGCAGGAGAUACAUGUGACCAGAAGCAGCUGGGAUUACUAUUGCAUGAUGCUAUUCAGAUUCCACGGCAGCUUGGAGAAGUGGCAGCAUUUGGUGGAAGUAACAUUGAGCCGAGUGUGCGCAGCUGCUUUCAACAUGCUCAAAAUAAGCCAGAGAUCAAUGUGAAACAAUUUAUUGAGUGGAUGCGUUUGGAGCCUCAGUCCAUGGUGUGGAUGCCUGUGUUACACCGGGUGGCAGCCGCUGAAACUGCUAAGCAUCAAGCCAAGUGUAAUAUCUGCAAAGAAUGUCCUAUUGUGGGUUUCAGGUAUCGGAGUUUGAAGCAUUUCAACUAUGAUGUUUGUCAAAGCUGUUUCUUUUCUGGAAGGACUGCAAAAGGUCAUAAAAUGCAUCACCCAAUGGUGGAGUAUUGCAUACCUACAACAUCAGGUGAAGAUGUUCGGGACUUCACAAAGGUGCUGAAAAACAAGUUCCGUUCCAAGAAAUAUUUUGACAAGCAUCCCAGAUUAGGCUACCUACCAGUACAGACUGUGCUCGAAGGAGAUAACAUGGAAACCCCUAUAACACUUAUCAGCAUGUGGCCUGACCAAUUUGAUCCUUUGCAGUCCCCAGAACUAUUUGAUGAUGACACACAUUCCAGGAUAGAGCAGUAUGCUACCAGGCUGGCACAAAUGGAAAGAACUAAUGGUUCUCUGUUCACUGACAGCAGUUCUGCAACUGGAAGCAUGGAUGAUGAGCAUGUCCUUAUUCAACAUUACUGUCACACUUUGGGAGGAGAAUCACCCUUAGGUCAACCACAAAGUCCCACACAAAUCCUAAAAUCAGUAGAAAAAGAAGAAAGGGGAGAACUGGAGCGGAUCAUUGCUGAUCUAGAGGAAGAGCAAAGGACCUUGAAGAUCGAAUAUGAACAGCUGAAAGCACAGCAUCUGAGAAGAGGACUGAGCCCUCCAUCCUCUCCCCCUGACUCUUUAGCAUCCCUGCAGCACACACCCGAGGAUGCAGAGCUCAUCGCAGAGGCAAAACUGCUAAGACAGCACAAAGGGCGUCUGGAGGCCAGAAUGCAAAUAUUAGAGGAUCAUAACAAGCAGCUAGAGUCCCAGCUUCAUAGGCUGCGCCAGUUGCUGGAGCAGCCCGAGUCAGAAUCCAGGGUUAAUGGAGUCUCUGUGUCUGUCUCACCACAGCCGCCGGCCCCCAGAUAUUCAGCUGACCAUUAUUACAGCUCACAGUUUCAGCAGACAGCCACAGAUGAUGUGUUGUCCCCACCGCAUAACACCAGCACAGACCUGACAGAUGUGAUGGAGCAAAUAAACAGCACAUUUCCACUCAGCAGCUCGGGCGUUUCUGCAAGACAGCAGGCAAUGUGAAAGGACCAUCCGUGAGAACAUCUGCCCUUGGCACAGAGUCCCAUCAUUACGCAGCCAAUCAAAGAUUCUAUUAUUGAAAGCUUUCUGCGAGUUCUACUGAAGGCAUAUGACACUGAAUACCCAAAGAUGAAGAUCUGUUUUUACAUACUGUCUCCUCUAUUUUUCUUCUCUUUCUAUGCAACUGUAAAUUAAUGAUUUGUGGAGUAUUUGGUAUUUAGGUAUACAUGUGUCAUUUGUAUAAAUAAGUAUAAACAUUAUUAGGACAAGGCACGUUUCUAUGCUUUUUAUAUAAGAGUGUAAAAGUUCCCCUGUUCCGGAGUGUAAUUGUUACACUGCACAUUUCCUGAAAAACAUAUGGCAGCUCCACUGAAUGGUUAUGUCCACUGCUCUGCGUGUAAAUCACCACAUUAAUGUCAACCAUUGAGUCUGUGUUUCCCAGUUUUCUUAGGGUGACCAUUAUAGCAUUCACUUGGAGGCCAUUUUGCAGCAUCACUGACAGUAACUGUAUGCACAUUGUUUUCUGUCUGUGUAUGAAGCGAGACCUUUUAAACCAUCUAAUGCUAAAAGAACAAGCAAAGGAUCACAAUUGAAGUAACACAGACAUUCUCUAAGCAUCUAAUGAGAUAAAAGUUCUCUCUGAAUUUAAUUAAAAUUACUUCUAAUACUUAUGAAACACCAUUUUGGGAUCAUUUCACCUCAGUUCUUACAGCCACAUCUGAAAGCUGCGCAUACACAUGACAUGUGUUAUGCAGCAUAUCUGAUCAUGAUUUAUCUUGCAUUGUAUCAGCCAACAAAGUUUUUGCAGUCAGCUCAUGGGUACAAGAAAAUCGACUGAUUGUCUCAUGAUGUCAUACAUUGCCUGUUCCCAUAAUCGUCUGCUGAAAUAUGACAAUAAUUAUUUGUUUUCAGUUAGAGUUAGAUGUACCAAACAUCCUGAUAAACAGUAACAGGAGUUAUCAUAACUUACAAAAUAGUUUAUAUUACAAGAAAGGUAUGUGUACUGUACCUUAUAUUCUGCACAUACAAAUAGUUGGGUACUGUAAAUACAUCCUGUAUAACAUUGAAAAUAGCACUAAGGGAAAGGUCACACAAAGCAUUAAACUGUGGAAAAUCAGGUGAAGUAGAUUUUAAUAUAUUGGAAAUAUUUCUUCCUAGGGAUCGACUCCAAAACAUGACAUCCAACUAAGGUGUUUAUUCUAUGCUUUCCUUUGCUUUCUGAACUAUUAUUAGAACCAGGGAUGUAACUUGCAUCUCUGAGCCCCAUAGCCAAAGUUCCCAGAAUGUGUACUUAGGCAAUGUGUACCUAGGCCAUGCAUGUACAGUGGAACACUGUAUCGGUAUUCAGUUCCAUUGGGGGCACUCCAAUAGAAAAAACCCAUUACUCACUUUUUACACUUGUGAGUAAGGCAAAUCUGUAGGUAUCAGUGUAGUCAUUUUCUGAGUCAAAUAAAGAACAUUUUGAUUUCAGUGUAAAGUUCAUCAGUUACAUUCUCCAUUUUGGUCUCUGUUAUAAUAAUUCCCAAUAAGAUAUUUGUUCUUAAAAUUCCAGGACAUGACAGACAUUUAAUGUAUUAGAAAUUAAUAGUUUCAGGUGGUGGGAGGACACCUAACAUGUUGACUUAUCAUAGUGAAUGCCUACAAGUAAAUAUCUAACACAGCUGCUCUGUACUGUACAGCAUACAGUACCUCCAUUUUGACAACAGAAAAGCCACUAUGUACCAAGAAGGAAACGCUACUCAUAAAUAAUAUCUUGUUGACUCUACUCAUAUAUAAUAUCUUGUCGACUCUACUCAUAUAUAAUAUCUUGUCGUGUGUUCAUGCUUUUAAUGGAAGGACAUGCUUUACUUGAUAUUCAUAAUCCUGUUUGCUGUUCUGUUCAGGAAGAAUAGUAGUUAUCAUUUCGCUACACUAAAGGAAGCUAUUAAUAUUUGAAAAAUAUGUAUACAGUAGCUAGAAAUUCACCAACAUGCCAAAUCGAACUUACUUUGGGACAGGAACCUCAUUCUAUGUAAAUACAGUUUUAUUAUUGAAGAAUUCAACACAGUAUUUGGCGGUUAGGUGGCCUUGAAGAUUUAAAGAAAUAUUUUUUUCUUGAAGGAAAUUCUCUUAUAUUUAUAUUACAGUUCUCAUUCUUACCAAUUGUUGUCAAACCACAUCUUUUGUCUAUAUGAAAUAAGCUUCAGCUAUACAUAAGUAAGGCCUUAUGUCCUUACGCCAACCAAUACGGUUACUAUUUCAAUUGGUGGUUUCAAAGUAAAUAUAAAAAAAUACAAAACCGCUUUCUCUCUAGCACAAUAUAUCAUGAGAUCAGAAUAUUUUUUUAAUUGCUUGCAAAAGAAUGGUUUAUAUUUUUUGAAAAAAGCUGGGAUGGGGGAGGGUGCGAGCCUCUAGUUUGCUACAAGAAGGACAAUGGUGGAUUAUCUUUCUUGGCCAAUAAGUUGGUUCAAAUAUACUUUAUAAGAUAGAAUUUGAAUUAAAAAAAAGUUACAAGAAGUGGAAGCCAUGUUCACCUUUCUACCUCAGUCCCAUCUGCCAUAGUACUGACUCUAUAGUCAGCUCCAUUACAGCUGCAGUGGUCAUCCGGAUAUAUGAAGGGAGCGCAAUUUAAUAACUCUCAGUUUCAGAGGUAGACAUUUGGCUGUAUUUUCUUUCUAUUAUUUUGGUCCCUUGUAAAAUGAUUCACGAAUAUUACAUUGUACACAUACUUCUAUGUGUCACUGCAAAUAAAUAUGACAGUACUUCAGAUAUAUAUGUAUAUAUAUAUAUGGUUCUUUGUUAUUUCACACUUUGUGAUAAUACGUGCUGAUAUCCACUAUACCGCCUGCUGUGGCAACAUGCUGAAACCCAGUCUGUUGUAUACUCAAUAAACUGCCUUUUUAACACAA